CCGAAAACACAGCAUUCUGGGAGAGAGGAAUCGGUCGCCAUCUUGCAUGGAUAAAGUUACUAAUCGGGUUGCAAUAACAAACACGUUUGGUACAAUAUUUUAAAAGCCGCUGUACCUUUCUUCGGCACAGCAAAAGUAGUGUGAGCUAACAUAACGCUUAGUGUUCUUUCAACUUUGUCCAGGGCAGCCGAUUCAACCUCAGCUACCGGCAUCCAGUUACCGUGAAAAGUGACCAUGGGUCGUUCGCGUAGCCGCAGCUCGUCCCGCUCGAGACAUUCAAAGAGCAGCAAGCACAGCAAGAAGCGGAGUAGGUCGCGGUCCAGGGACAAGGAGAGGGCCAAGAAGCGCUCAAAGUCCCGGGAGGCGAAGAGGAGCCGACGGCGAGAGUCGCGCUCCCGUUCCCGCUCGACCAACGCCUCCUCCCGCAGGGAGAGGGAACGAGACCGUGUUUCCUCGCCGCAUGAGAGGAUCGACAUAUUCGGGCGCACGCUGAGUAAGAGGAGCGCCUUGGACGAGAAACAGAAAAGGGAAGAAGAGGAGAAGAAGGCUGAGAUGGAGAGACAAAGAAAAAUACGCCAGCAGGAGAUCGAGGAGAAGCUGAUCGAGGAGGAGACGGCCCGGAGAGUGGAGGAGCUGGUGGCCAAGCGCGUGGAGGAGGAGCUGGAGAAGCGGCGGGAUGAGAUCGAGCGAGAGGUGCUGCGACGGGUGGAGGAGGCCAAGCGCAUCAUGGAGCGCCAGCUGCUGGAGGAGCUGGAGCGGCAACGGCAGGCGGAGCUGGCCGCGCAGAAGGCCAGAGAGGAGGAGGAGAAAUCUAAACGAGAGGAGCUCGAGAAAAUAUUGGAGGAAAAUAACCGUAAGAUCGCUGACGCUCAGGCCAGACUGGCUGAGGAACAGUUGCGAAUUGUGGAGGAGCAGAGAAAGAUUCAUGAAGAGAGGAUGAAAUUAGAACAGGAGAGACAACGUCAGCAGAAAGAGGAGCAGAAAAUUAUCCUGGGCAAAGGGAAGUCCAGGCCUAAACUCUCCUUCUCCUUGAAGGCGACGGAGUGAGGGAACCCCCGACCCCCCCCCCCCCCCAUCCCCAACUCCCCCUGUUGUAUGGUAGCUUCAUGUUGAAGUGUUCCUUCAGACAUCCAGGUUUCUGUUAUUGCUCACAUGGGCUGUACGUGCACCAUCCAUCCAAAUGAGUGGCCCCCUCCCCCCACUACCGCCGCCUCGUAACUAUAUAUGCUCCCUAUCUUAUUUUUUUUAUUUUUUUUAUUUUUUUUUAUAGUCUACACAUCCUCUGAGACAGGUGAUCAGCUGUCAGGUAACAUAAGGCAGCUUGGCUUGCAAAAUGUACUGGAUGAUGGAAGAUGUCCUGGGGAGGGGGGUGGGGCUCUGUGAGGCUCAGAUAGGGUACGGUGCUCACUGUUAUUCCAGAUUGGCGGCCAGACAGCAGGGGGUGCCAUAAUCCACAAAGGACUAUGUUCCCACACUCCGGAUGAACUUGUGGCACACAUCGCUUUUUUUUUUUUUUCGUUUUUCCCCUAGAAGGAUAUUCCCCUCAUUUUUUUUUCUUUUUUAGUAUUUUUAGUGUCCGAGUCAAGGUGUCGACAUCUCACAGAUUACGCUCUCAUCAGCACUGUUUUAAGCAAAUACUGACUAAUGCUUUUUGCUAUGCCUUGUUUCGGGAAGAAGCGUAUUUAUUGUUCCACUUAAUGAGGUUGACUUUUUAGUAUUUUUUUUUUUGUAAUGUCAAGAAUAAAAAGUAAUGUGGACAAUUUGAUUUGGACGUACCAGAUUAACGUUUUAGCGUAACAACGUACUUGUUACCAUGAUGUUAUAACGAGGUACAGUCGUCCGAUCGAUUAAACAUCACGAAGCAGGUGUCGUUUUACCGUAAAGUUUGCAAGAUGUCUCCAUAGACGCUUUGGUGCCCGCGCCGCCUCGCAGUUGAGGGCUCGGCCGGUAGGGGCGCUGUGAGGUGCCACAUCGUGUCAAACGGACUGCUCGCCUGCUCAGGCUUAUGUUUUUAAUUUCAGCCGUAUGAAAACACGAUCGCCCGUCGUCGUUGUACAUAGUAGCGUGCGUGUGUUUCCCCGUAUAAUACGUAAGCCCUGCUUGUUCUUAAGCUGCCCUGGUUCAGGUAAGCAUAACUAGCUGCAUGGUGAAGCUGGUAAGAGGCGUCCGCGUGUGUGUCUGUGUGUGUGUGUGUAUGUGUGUGUGUGUGAGAGAGAGAGAGAGUGCGUGAGUGUCGGAGUGGGGGUGAGUAGGGCAGGGCUUGGGGUUACAGAAAGCGGCAGAGCGUUACUUGUGGUGUAACCUUGCGUAUUCUUCCUGUUCUGGAGACUGUACAUUCACUAAUAAAACCCUCGACUGCGUGCCCACCAUUUGUGUAUUUUUUUGUUUGCCUGAAAUUCAAUUUUAUGCCCCAAAGGAAUAAAAAAUAUAAUGUUCAAACGUG